ACAAAAAAAUGAAAAAAAUAUUCCGGCAUGUAUUUUCGAGCACAAAGGUUAACUAAGAAAUUGUAAUAGGAGGUUGACAGUACCACUCCUCUAAAAAUUUUAACUUUUUUCUUUCUUGAAGUGUUUCAUGUAGAUAUUUUUUUUUUCUUGUCCACAAUCAAACAAAAUAUUUUGUCCUCUUUUACUUUCUUAACAGCUUUUUGUAAACAUGUCUUCAUCUGAAUCACAUGUUGGCUUAGAUAUUUCAAGAAAUGAGAAGCACUAAAGUGUGGUAGGGUAAGAAAAUGAUGGUGGGUGGAAGGUGUCUUUAGUUAAACAAAGACCAUUCAGAGAAAAAGUUAUUGUCCAUUGAAGAUAAUAUGUACCUUGCUUUUUUUUUUUUUUCCACACAUUUAAUAAGAAAAUAAUAGCUAUAGUUUCUUGGAAACAAUCAAAAAGACUUUUCAAAAUUGAUGAGCUUUUAUUUGUUCUCUGUUUCCUCUGUUUUUUGUCAUAGUAAGCUUUCAAUUUUUUCAAGAAGAGAAAUCCAUGGAGGCUGCAGCUAUUGGUGGAGCUCUUCUCUCUAGUUUUCUUGAUGUUUUGUUUAAUAGGAUGGCUUCUAAGGAAGUUGUUAACUUCUUUAGAGGAAAGAAAUUAGUUAGUAAACUAAUCAAGAAGUUGAAGACUAGCUUGUUGUCUGCUGCUGUGUUGCUAAAUGAUGCAGAGGAGAAACAACUCACCGAUUCGAAUGUGAAGAAGUGGCUUGAUGAGCUUAAACAGCUUCUUUAUGAUGCUGAUCAUGUUAUGGACAAGAUCAAGUCUGAAGCUUUGAGAGUUCAGUUGGAGAAAGGCGAAACUGGAUCGAGCAAAGCGAGUAAGUUGUUGAGCAUUUUCCCAAAUGUGUUUAGACAAUUUGAGAAUAAUGUAAGGUUUGAGUUGGAGGAAAUUCUUGGUUCUUUGAAUAAUCUAAUACAACAAACUGAGUUUCUUGGUUUGAAAGAAGUUGAUCAAAAAAGACCAUCAUAUAGAUUGUAUUCCCCUUUGGUAGAAGAAAAUAGUGUUUUUGGAAGGAAUGAAGAGAAAGAAGCUAUUGUUAAGUUGUUGUUGUGUGAUGAUGUUGGUGACACUCGCUAUAGGAUAUCUGUUAUUCCUAUAGUGGGAAUGGGUGGCGUCGGCAAAACUACUCUUGCUCAACUUGUUUACAAGGAGAGGUGUGUUCAAAAACAUUUCGACUUGAAAGCAUGGGUUACUGUCUCAGAAGAGUUUGAUAUUUUCAAAAUACUAAAGACGAUUUUGGAGUCUGUCACCUUAAGGAAAUGCGAGAUUAGGGAUGUACAUCAACUUCAACAUGAGUUGAGUAAGGCUUUGACGGGGAAGAAAUUUCUUUUUGUUCACGAUGAUGUAUGGAAUGAGAAUUACGAGUUGUGGGACAUGUUGAAAAGCUCGUUUGAAUCUGGUGCGUAUGGAAGUAAGAUUAUUGUGACUACGCGUAGUAAAGUUGUAGCGUUGAAAAUGGGCAAUACUCCAAUGUAUGAUCUUCAAACUAUGUCUGAUGAUGAUUGUUGGCAACUAUUUUCAAGACAUGCUUUUAACAAUCUUGGCUCAAAUGUACAAAUGGAGUUGGUAGAUAUUGGCAAGCAAAUUGUUAGAAAGUGCAAGGGCCUUCCUUUGGCGGUGAAAUCAAUCUCAGGUCUUCUGCGAUCGGUGUCAAAUGUAGAAGAAUGGAGAACAAUCCUACAAAGUAAUGUAUGGGAGUUGCAAUUUCAAGAAAACCAAAAUAACAACAUUCUACCAGCUCUAUGGUUAAGCUAUCACUUUCUACCAAGACACCUAAAGCGAUGCUUUGCUUACUUCUCAUUAUUUCCUAAAGAUUAUGCAUUUUACAAGAGUGAAAGGAAGACAAUAUUCUUAUUAUGGAUGGCUGAAGGUAUUUUGCAACCACAAGAGGGAAAAAGAAUGGAAGAUGUUGGAGAAGAGUACUUGAACGCGUUGAUAUCAAGGUCUUUCUUUCAACAUUCGACUCGGGAUGAAUCAACUCUCUUCAUGCAUGACAUCACUCAUGAUUUAGCUAUAAGAGUAUCUGGUGAGUUUUGUUUUAUAGAUCACACAUUUGAAGAUUUCAAUAGCCUUACAAGCAAAACUCGCCAUUUAUCUUACAUGAAAGGUUUCGAUGAUUUGGUGAAACUUGAGGGUUCAUUCAAAGCCAAAUGUUUGCGCACCUUUCUCUCAUUACCAUUGUCACAUAAAAAUCUCUAUUCCAAGCCAAGGUUGACACAAAAAGGGGCUUAUGAGUGGCUUCUAAAUGGAAAAGGGUGUUUGAGAGCACUCUCAUUGUCUCAAUCUUCUAUACUAGAGUUGCCUGAUUCAAUUGGCAAUCUAAAGCAUCUAAGGUAUUUGGAUCUAUCAGAAACAAAGAUCACAAAACUACCUUGUUCGGUUUGUUCGUUGUACAAUUUGCAGACAUUGUUGUUGUCAAGUUGCAAAGAGCUUACACAAUUACCAACCAACACUUCGAAGUUAAUCAACCUGCGUCAUCUCAUGAUUCGCGACACACCUUUGAAAGAGAUGCCGCCACAAAUGAACAAUUUGACCAAUCUUCAAGGGCUUAGUGACUUUGUUUUAUCGAAAAAUGAUGGCUCUAGGAUCAAAGAGUUAGGAGCAUUACAACAUCUGCAUGGAAGCUUGUGUAUUGUUGGAUUGGAGAAUGUGAGGGAUGCAAUGGAUGCUAAAGAAGCCAACUUAGGAAACAAGAAGCAUCUUAGCGAGCUUAUUUUGAUAUGGGACGGCGAAACUGAUGAUUCCAUAAAAGAUAGAGAAGUACUUGACGCGCUCCAACCUCAUGUAAACUUGAAGAAACUCACAAUUGAAGGUUAUAGAGGUACAAACUUGCCUAAAUGGGUAGCACAUCCAUCUUAUUGUAACUUAGCCAAAAUAUCUCUUAAAAUACUUACUAAUUGUUGCUUGUUACCAUCAUUUAGUCAACUAGUUUCAUUAAGAGAGCUUCAAAUAUAUAGAUUUGAUAGGUUUCUAAGCAUAGAUGAUAAGCCUUCUUCUAUUACUUCAUUGACUAAUCCCUUUCAAUGCUUAGUAACCUUAGAGGUGUCUAGAAUGAGCAAGUGGGGAUGGUCAUUUGUUGAUGAAUGUAGUGUUUUCCCAUGUCUUAAAAAGUUCAGUUUAAACAGUUGUAGAAAGUUAAGUGUUGGACUACCUCCUUGUUAUCUUCCAUCAUUGGAAGAAAUCACAAUAAGAAAAUGUCAUGACAUGGUUCAAGUAUUCCCAUCAUAUCCACAUAUUGAUGUUGCAUAUCCCUCCCUUGACACCCUGCAACUCUCUUCUUGCUCGAGACUAAAAUCCUUCUCGAACAUGGGAUUGCCAUCAAGCUUAAAAUCAUUAGAUUUUCGCGACUGCAGUGCUCUCUUUGCCAAACGAUUUGAUUGGAAUCUUCAAGAUGCCUCAUCACUUGUUAACUUCACACUCUAUGGAUCGCCUUUCGGGGGAAAUUAUUAUGAUGAAGUGGACAUAGAUUCAUUCCCGGAAGAAGGGCUACUUCCAUCUACUUUGAGGUACCUCAACAUCUCAUGUUUUGAGAAUCUUAAAGCUCUAAACAACGAAGGCUUUCAACACCUCACCUCAUUUCAAGGAUUGACUCUUCAAGAAUGCUCUCAACUACAAUGCUUACCAAAUGAAGGCCUUCCUCAAACUCUUACUUCUUUGGAAAUCUACAAAUGCCCUUUACUAACUCCUAGAUGCCAAAGAAGAACAGGGGAAGAUUGGUCCAAGAUUCAACAUGUAUCGCUUAUUCGAAUUGAUCGAAAAGAAGUAUGACAUUACAAAAUCAUUUUUUCCCAAAGAUCAAUGAUAUGCAACAAUGAAGAUGAAAACUGAGAAUGCUUUAAUGGACUCUUAAGUUCAAUUAAGAGUGUUUGGUUGGUGAGAAAGUGAGUUUUUUAAGUUGUAUUCAACUUUGUGCUUUUGUUACUCAAAUAUUGUAAACAAUGACAUAAAAAAUGAAAAGCUCAAGGUCUUAAUAUAAACCAAAUUAUAUGAGUUUAUUU